AUCGCACGACGUUCAGUCACCUGAACGUCACAUGCAUCUAAUCCAGUUAAAGCCCACGAGACGAACCAGUGUGCCCAUUCCCCGACUAUAAAAGCCCGAGGCUGAUGCACCACAUCACAUUUGCGCGUAAACACCGUAAACUGAGAGAUACUGAGGAAGCUCUGACGCCGUUAAACUGAAGUGUGUUGCUGAUGUGAGAGUGAUGCUGUAAAGAGACCUCCUGCGUCUCCUCCCCUCCCUCCUGCUCUCCUACUCCUCGUUUCCACUCCUCACUUCGCGUUCACCCACGAGAAGAGCUCCGACCGUCCAGCAUCAUGUCCUCAGACGUCCAGCUGCGUCACCACACGGACCCGGACAGCAGCGACCCCGCGGGCGCCAGGAGCGACUGAGAGCAGGUGUUAGAAGUCAUACAUCCUGGACAUAGUGAACAGUGUGGACGCCAUGGACACAAUAAACUUCACCUUCUGGAACACCUCUGAGGGCAACGAGACCCUGGAGACGGUGGACGAGAGCCCGUAUAAGACAGUGGAGGUGGUGUUCAUUGUACUGGUGGCCGGCUCACUGAGCUUGGUGACCGUUAUCGGGAACAUCUUGGUCAUGCUCUCCAUCAAGGUUAACAGGAGCCUGCAGACUGUCAACAACUACUUCCUGUUCAGCCUGGCCUGUGCUGACCUCAUCAUUGGCCUUUGCUCUAUGAACCUGUACACAGUCUACAUUGUGAUUGGAUACUGGCCGCUAGGCCCGGUUGUGUGCGACUUGUGGUUGGCGCUGGAUUACGUGGUCAGCAAUGCUUCAGUCAUGAACCUGCUCAUUAUUAGCUUCGAUCGAUACUUUUGCGUCACCAAGCCGCUCAGCUACCCAGUGAAGAGGACGACCAAAAUGGCAGGGAUGAUGAUUGCGGCGGCUUGGGUUUUGUCCUUCAUCCUCUGGGCUCCAGCUAUCCUGUUUUGGCAGUUUAUCGUUGGCGGUCGCACGGUGCCAGAGAAGGAGUGCUACAUUCAGUUCUUCUCCAACGCCGCGGUCACUUUCGGCACGGCCAUUGCUGCUUUCUACCUGCCAGUCAUUAUCAUGAUGGUGCUUUAUUGGCAGAUAUCCCGCGCCAGCAAGAGCCGCGUCAAGAAGGACAACCGCAAGCCAUCGGGAGGCAACCUCGAUGUAGCAUCAUCCAAUCAGAUCCGCGAAAACACAGCCAACAAACCCACCAACAACAACCUAACAGCUGAAGAAACAGACCGAGGACAGAGCCAGCUAACAGAUGACGCCGCCAACCAACAUGAUGCCAAACUCCAGAACGGCAAAGCACCAUCCACGGCAAGCGGAGAAGCGGAAGACGGAGGACGAGGAAACUGCGCUCUCACGGAGGAGAAAGAAACCUCCAAUGACUCCACCUCUGGCAGCGGCGCAGUAGCCAAUCAAAAGGAUGAAGCAGCACCAUCUAAACCCGUUGAUAACCAGGCUCCCGCGCGACACCGCGCCAAAGCUGGAGGCUCCAAACUGACAUGCAUCAAGAUCAUCACCAAAUCGCCAAAGGGUGACUGUUACGCACCUUCGAACGCGACGGUGGAGAUCGUCCCGGCCACCGAGAGGCAGAACCAAGUGGCGAGGAAGAUCGUGAAGAUGACCAAGCAGCCGCCCAAGAAGAAAAAAGCACCACCCUCUCGGGAAAAGAAGGUGACGCGCACCAUUAUGGCCAUCCUGGUGGCAUUCGUGGCUACUUGGACGCCAUACAACGUGAUGGUCCUCAUCAACACCUUCUGCUCCAGCUGCAUUCCCAGCACGGUGUGGACCAUCGGAUACUGGCUCUGCUACAUCAACAGCACGAUCAACCCCGCUUGCUACGCCCUCUGCAACAUCACCUUCAAAAAGACCUUCAAACACCUGCUGCUCUGCCAGUACAAGAACAUACGCUCGGCCCGAUGAGCAGUAAUGUGUAUGCAUGCGUUAUAUUUCACAUGUGUGUUCUGGUCACAAAGGUACACAUGUGGAUGUGUUUGUAUGUGUGGAAAGAUGCAGUAAAACAGCAAUUAUAAAAUGGAGAUUAGACCCAUAAGAAUCCUCCAUCCUUUAUAGUUUGGCCAAUUUGACUCGGUGAGCUAUAACACAUUUCACUUUGUUUUAAAUCACAUUGUAAAAAGGUGCGUCUGGGCAGAUAUGUGAUUGCAUUUGUUGUUUUUAUAUAUAUAUAUAUAUAUAUAUAGCACUUUACAUACGCAUAGACGUGAUGCAUGUCACAAAAGAAGGAAAAGAAGUGCUUAAAUAUUUGAUUUAUGAACUAAAAAGUUAAAAAACAAAACAAUACAAGCGAACAGAUGGUGAGAUUGGAGUCUGAACUAUUCAAUAAUACACAAAUAUGGGGACAACAGGGCUGACUGAAGAUCCAAACCAAACGUGUUAGAGCUUCAGUAUAAAAUCACACCUGUAUAUAUGUGUAUAUAAUCAUGUACUGUAUCCGUGUUGUGUGUGUGUGGUUGCAUGCUGGAUGACUGUGCACAUGCGAGUUUGUAGCUAAAGUCAACAUGAAGCCUGUUUACUUCUGUAACCAGAGUGAAAUUCAUAUCUUGAUUUUAUUUAGAUCGCAAAGAGAGUUUUAAUAAUGUGCACCAAAUGAAUCGUGCAAAAUAUUACCAGAAACAUGCAUUAAGGAAGCAAACGGCUCAUGUUGACUUUAAAGCUUCAAUAAAUGCAAGCAUCUACGAUGACAGUACGACAGAUUGCUGGCUGCAGGUUUGUGUGUGUGUGUGUGUGUGUGUGUGUGCUCUCCCUGAGCAAUAAGAGGGUUGAAGAGGCUCUCCGAUGUGCCCGUAUGUUAAAGUGGAUGAGCUAUGAGUGCUCGGGGUCUCCAGGGAUGCAAAUCUAAACCUUUUAAAGUGAACAGACGCGCAGGAUGAAGAGGCUCUCACAGACAUGCAGCCAUUAGCAUCCACCUCACCUCUGCUUUGCAUUUACACAAAACAGUUCACUCACGCUUGGGCAAAGAAAAAAAGGAAAA